AUGGAGCCUCGGCCACUCCUCCUCGCCGCCCUCUUCUGCCUCCUCCUCUGUUGCAUUGCCGGAGUCGCGCACGGGGCCACCCACGAGAUGAACCCCACGACCGACCUCACCGCCUUGGUGGCUGCCAUCACAGCUUCCGCCGACACCGACCACGUCGUCCACGUGGCAUCAGGCACCUUCCCCCACCGCGGCCAAAGACUCAUUUUCGGACGCAACUACACACAAGAGUUCACAUGCUUCGGCUGCGCCAACAAGACGAUCUCCUUUGUGGGCCGGCUGCCGGCAGCUGCGGUGAGCGGAAAGAUCAGUUUCAACAUCUCGCAAGCCAACAACAUCAGCUUUUCUGAUUUGAUUUUCGUCGCCCACGGCGAGCAGCGCCAGCCCUUCGCGAUCGCGGAAGCGCAACGGCUCACGCUCGACCGCGUGAGCGUGUUCAAGUACAACACCAUCGCCUCCGUGCUCACCGCGCGCGCCGUGCGCGAGGUCGCCAUCCGCAACUGUUAUCUCGACUCGCUCAUCGCCUCGUUGAGCGUGAUUGAAGUCGUCCAAGCCGAGCGGGUGGUGGUCGACCAGCUCUACGUGUACGCCAGCAUCUACGCCGUCGGCCUGUCGCUGCGGAACGUGACGGGCGACAUCGCCAUCGCCAAUGCCACCUUCCUCUACACUUCAGGCCUCCAGCUGGCGCUCUUCUUCUGCGACUCGGCGGUGGUCACGGUGGUGGACUCGGCCUUCCUGCUGGGCACCGCCACGGUUCUCGGAGGAGUCAUCAACGCCGAGCAAGUGUUUGCUCUCAACAUCAUCGACACCGUCUUCCUCUACAAUCAAGCGCCUACGGCUAGUGUCUUGUACACACAAGACGUAGACUUGGCGAUCACGCGCUGCAAGUUCCUGGCGAACGGCAACGAGGCAUCGCUGGGCACCGUUCUCAUGAUCGUCGAUCAGGGUCGCCUGACGAUCAUCGACUCGGACAUCAGCAUCAACUGGGGCGGCAUGCUCCUGCUCCUCCGGCUCAAGGCCGGCUCCCGGAUCGACUCGACCACGCUCGACGUCAACUUCAAUUCGCCGGUGUCGUCCAUGGUCACCGUCAACAACUGCGCUGACACCCUGACCAUCACCAACUCCAGCAUCUCCCACAAUCUCGGUGGUGCGCUGAGAGUGGCUGGAUGCCACGCGGAGAUGAGGAACAGCAUGGUCUGGGGACAGAGCACAUUUGGCGCUAUAUGCGGGGCACUUGCCAGCAUUGACGCCACCACCUCCUCCAUUUUCAGGAACGGGUACAAGCGCGAGAACUUCGCCAAUCGGUACCGCGACGCGCUGUGCGGCGGGUGCCUCGGCUUCAGCAUCGCGUCGGACCCCAACAUCUGCACCAACGCCAUCAACAUCACCGACAUCGGUGGGCUCGACAUGUGCAGCCGAUGCGAUGCGGCGGGAGCCCCGCUGGAGUGCGGCGAUUGCAACGGCAAGCCCUUUGGGCUCGCCACCACCGAGGAGUGUACGGCGCUGAACAAGCUCGCCGUGUCGGGGGCCGACGCCAGCUUCAACUUCACCUCGCCCAACUGCCUGCUCCAACCCAAGGACGGUCAGGGCGCAAUCUUCCCGGGAGCGUCGCUGGAGCUGCGCUAUGAAGCGGUCAAGGUGUACUACGUCAACACCACCAGCCAGCAAGAGCAGGCCCAGUUCGUCAUUACCGUCAACGACACCCAGUACCUCCGAUCCCAGCCCAAGGCCCUGUGCGUGCGCUACGAUCGGCUGAUCGACAACGGCGCCAGCUUCGUGCUGCAGCAGUGCCUCUACGGCGCCCAGGCCGAGGUGGUCUUCGACCAGCAAGUGCUCACCAUCCCCAAGAACUACCAGAAGGUGACCCUCAACCUGGCGGGCCUGCAGAGCUUCGACAACCAGACGCGCGAGUGGCCCGAGCUCGAUGUGGCGACGCGGCGCGUCGAAGUAGAGAUCUCGCUGCGACUGAGUCAGGCCGCCACCACGCGCCGCUCGUCGAGCCAGCCCAGCCCGCUGGCCGACAAUGCCGUGGCGCCGGGUGGUGCGGCGGUGGACUCGGUGUCGUUCGACGCCGCCAACUUCAGCCUCAGCCUGGCGGUGCCCAACUUUGCGGUGUUCAGCUCGCGCAACGGGUCGGCCUUCAACUACACGCUGGCCCCGCUCCCCGAUGACCCGCGCGGCUAUCUUCUGGUGCUCAAGUUCGCCGGCACGUUCGACCUGGUCAACUACGACCCGCACUUUGGCAUGCUCUUGCCAGGGAGAGGAGGCGAAGAUGGUGAGAGUGAUGACAUUCUGGUGAAGGUGCUCGUGCCGGUGCUGGUGGGCGUGGCGGUCCUGCUCGUGGUCGUGGUGGUGGUAGCCGCCAUCGCCGUGGCCGUGUGGAAACGACGGCAAAUGGCCUCGCCGGGCGGAGUGGUCAACUUCGCAUCGUCCGACGUAGAAUUGGAAGAAGCACAAUAA